GACCUAGUUCAUUAUUCAUAGCGUCCUCUCCCUCCACCCUCCCUCUUUUUCUUUCUCUCUAUCAUUUUGAAGCUUUACUUAACCCAUUAAAAAUGGCGGUUGAUUCUCCUCUCUCAUCUCAGCUGGGUCCACCAGCAUGCGAGAGAGAUGCCAAAGCUUUGCACUUCAUAGAGGAAACCACUAGCCAUGCCGAUUCAGUUCAAGACAGAGUCCUGACCGAAAUCUUAACCCGAAACUCCCAGACUGAGUACCUUACAAGGUUCAAACUCAACGGUGCAACAGACCGUGAAACGUUCAAGUCCAAACUUCCGAUCAUUACAUACGAGGACCUUCAGCCUGAAAUCCACCGUAUUGCUAAUGGUGACCGCUCUGCCAUUUUGUCUGCCCACCCCAUCUCCGAAUUUCUCACCAGCUCCGGGACUUCAGCUGGUGAGAGAAAAUUGAUGCCAACAAUUAAGGAAGAGCUAGAUCGUCGCCGGUUGCUCUACAGUUUACUCAUGCCCGUAAUGAAUCUUUAUGUGCCGGGAUUGGAGAGAGGCAAGGGACUUUACUUCCUAUUCGUGAAGUCUGAAACUAGGACCCCAGGUGGUCUCUUGGCUCGCCCUGUGUUGACCAGUUACUACAAGAGUGACCAUUUCAAGACACGACCCUAUGACCCUUACAAUGUUUACACCAGCCCCAACGAAGCCAUCCUAUGUCCCGAUUCUUUCCAAAGCAUGUACGCCCAGAUGCUUUGCGGUCUCCUCCAACGCCAACAAGUCCUUCGAGUGGGCGCAGUGUUCGCCUCAGGUUUACUCCGCGCAAUCAGGUUCCUUCAGCUGAAUUGGCCUCAACUCACCCAGGAUAUCGAAAUAGGUGCCUUGAACCCUAAACUCACUGACCCUUCACUAAGGGAAUACAUGGAUAAGAUCCUAAAACCGAACCCUGAACUCGCUGAGUGUGUUCGCCAUGAAUGUUCGAAAGACAACUGGGAAGGAAUCAUUGCUAGAAUUUGGCAAAACACCAAGUACCUCGACGUUAUAGUUACUGGUGCUAUGGCACAGUAUAUUCCAACGCUGGAUUAUUACAGUGGUGGGUUACCUUUAGCUUGCACUAUGUACGCUUCGUCCGAAUGUUAUUUUGGUUUGAACCUUAACCCCAUGUGUAAACCAUCACAAGUUUCUUAUACCAUCAUGCCAAACAUGGCAUACUUCGAGUUCUUACCCCACGAGCCUGACUCAUUUGGUUUCCCUCGUGACUCACCUCCUAAAGUCGUUGACCUUGUUGAUGUGGAAGUUGGGAAAGAAUACGAGCUUGUAAUCACAACCUAUGCAGGGUUGUACAGAUACCGAGUCGGUGACAUCCUCCGAGUCACUGGAUUCCACAACUCAGCCCCGCAAUUCCAUUUUGUGAGGAGGAAGAACGUGUUGCUCAGCAUUGACUCGGACAAAACCGAUGAGGCGGAGUUACAAAAGGCAGUUGAAAAUGCUUCCCGACUCUUGCGUGAGUUCAACACCAGCGUCGUUGAAUACACGAGUUACGCGGACACAAGGACAAUCCCCGGUCACUACGUGAUAUACUGGGAAUUGUUAGGGAAAGACUCAGCUAACUCGCCUACUGAUGAGGUCCUGAAACAGUGCUGCUUAGCAAUGGAGGAGUCUCUCAACUCAGUGUACCGACAAGGCCGAGUUGCGGAUAACUCAAUAGGUCCACUGGAAAUCCGAGUGGUAAAAAACGGCACAUUCGAAGAGUUAAUGGAUUACGCAAUAUCAAGAGGGGCAUCCAUCAACCAAUACAAGGUUCCAAGGUGUGUUAACUUCACUCCAAUCAUGGAGUUGCUCGAUUCUAGGGUGGUAUCUUCGCAUUUUAGCCCAGCGUCGCCACUUUGGACCCCAGAAAGAAGGAGAUGAUUUAUUCACUGAUAGGUUGAUGGUUUUAAGUUUUAACUUAAUAUAAUUAGUAGGUUCACUUAGUUUUCGUCUUUAUAGAUAGUUUUUUGUUGGAGGUAAAAAGUGUAAGUUGGAUAAGGACGUUGCAGAGGUGAGGUUUGCAUACUGGAUGCCAAGGAUGUAAGCUGAAACUGAUGUCUGUCAGGCUGUCCCACUGAAAUGUUUCUUUCAUCAUGUAAUGAGGAUUUAACAGAUGAGGUUUUUGUUUUGUGA